GCGGACCGUCCCACCUUAGGACGCGAAGGUGCGUUUGCGCGUUGCGAUAAAGUACGGCGACAGCUGACUUUGCCUGCGCUGCCGCCUUCGGGGCAGGCGGAGGUGCGGUGCUUUGACUUUUUGCGCUGCUGUGCGGCGGCGCGUGUGCGGGAGGCGCCGGGGGUGCUGCGCCUGCAACACUGCCGCGACACGCAGGUCUGUAUUGGCGGUCUGGAGGCCUGUCUGUUCGGUGGCGAGCGGAAGCGCUGCAACAUCAGCGUGGAGCUGAUCGUGGCACCGAAGAUUCUGCUGGUGGAUGAGCCGACGUCCUGUCUGGGCUCCGUGCUGUCUGCAAAGGUCGUGCGCCCGCUGCCGCAGCUGUGGCGGAUGGGCCGCGUUUUACUGCGCGACCGCAGACGGUUCCCGUGGUGGGUUCGGGGUGGUGCUUCGCGACGCGCCGGUGCCGCCCCACCCCUUCGCUUCGCAGCGUGUCGUUUGUUUGCGUGCGUUCCGAGGCUCCGCUCGGCCCUCGCCCUGGCGUUUGCGUGGCGAGGGAGAAGCAGACGAAAUGGCGUUGGUUCUGCAUCGACUCGUCCGCCUGUGUGCCCGGCAUGAGCCGCUGCUCUCCUGA